UGGUCUCAGUCUGGAUUGGCAGACGGUGUUACCAGAAUUCAUCGACCACAGGGUAUAAUUGCUGCUCGCGAGAACAGACGUCGGCGUGAUGACGCCCCAAACAGACCCCUUCCCAGUGAAAUUGAAGCCGGCGAUUCAGAUCUACUUCCACUCAUUCGACCUUAG